AGCAGCCAUUCGGAGACAGCACGGCGUACUCUGGUGCUGGGGGUGUACGCAGUCCUCACUCUUCGUCGGUUCCUCAAAUUAUGCUGCAGUAACGUCCCUGACCAGCAUUACGACCUUGUGAAAUAUUACAGUUCAUUCCCCUCAGCGUCGUAGUUCACGGCCUACUUUUCCUCACUCACCAGUUAAACAGAAUCUAUUUGCCGUCACGGCUAUUAAGCAGUGCAGCGUUCUUUUCCCGCGAACCUGCUCUUGAGGAUCCCAUUCCAUUGCUUCCGACGUGAGACUCCCAGGGUAGUUCUUUCUACUCGUCUGCCUGCACCUUAGAGAUCUCUCAAGGGUUCGCACCUCGUGGUUCAGCCGCUAUGCCGUCAGAGCCGUCAGAUUCUAGCCAGCCGUCAGAUCGCAGCCGUUCACCUGAUCCCACUCAUUCUGGCGGGGUGGGUCCCCACCGCUGCAACGAUCGCCUGGAAGACGUCAUUCAGGGGCUGUUCGAGGGCAACUGGAGCACCAACUUGAAGAAGCCUCUCCAGCUGUUCUUUGAGUGCAUCCGCUCCAAACCAGGGUCCGAGCCAACAGAGCCGUACACAUUUCUCAAGGAACUCCCAAGCCACAACCGAACCCUAGCAGCCAGCAAUAGUGUGCCAUACACCCGCACCUACUCCCAUUGGUCUACCAGGGGUAUACCAGGUCUCUCAGAUCCACCAGGCAGCAAGGUUGACCAGGCUUGGAAGCUGAGGCAAGCUGUGUUGGUAUCACAGCGUGUAGGCCUGGAAGGCAAGGCUCACAGGGUGAGGCCUACGGGGUGAGGCAUACGGGGUGAGGCCUACGGGGUGAGGCCUACGGGGUGAGGCCUACGGGGUGAGGCCUACGGGGUGAGGCCUACGGGGUGAGGCCUACGGGGUGAGGCCUACGGGGUGAGGCCUACGGGGUGAGGCCUACGGGGUGAGGCCUACGGGGUGCACAUGCAGCUACAGUUCUGUCUCAGGGAAGUCCUUUUCUGCCGAGGGUCUGGUGUCAGGGCGUUGUUGAAUUUGAGAGCAAAUGGUGACAAAGCUGCUGGCAGUGGUACUUCCUCUGUCGCCACAUCUUUCUCGUCUGCACUCGGUGCCGCUGCUGCUUCCGUUUCUCGUUGCACGCUGACUCCAUCUUCUCGUGCCGGGUAUUCUUACCUCUGCAUGGGCCGUUGGUCCAGAAUGGCCUCGGCAGCGUCACCAUCAGUUGGCAAGUCGGCCCCGAUUCGAGUCAUAUCUCAAGCCCGUUCCUCCACGCUCUCCCUCCGCCCUGUCACUUGCGCCACAACAACCGCAUGCAACUCCUUAUCAAGAACCACCCUGCCCUAUCCAGGCUGGUAUAGCCACAGGGACUCGUUCUCUGCCAGAAUUGCGGGGUUUAGUCCUAUGCUUCCCGUUCUGGGCCGGCGGUUGACCCAGCAUGCACGCUCCCGUGUACUCUUGGAGAAUUCACUGCUGGGGGCGAAAGUCGUGCCACUGAAUCCGGAGCCAGCCAAGCAGGCCGUUACAAAGGGAAGGGGCGCUGUGGAAAGGGCACCAGGCCUUAGACCCAUCUCGGCUAUUAUACCAAUCGCUGCAGGUGCCCAAACUAACAUAGGUGCUCAGCCGUCCCUUGUGUGGGCUGCUCCUGUGCUUGCUUGCACCAUGCGGGGGAGACAGCUGGUGCUGACCCCUGCCAGGCGGAUGUCCACUGUGACCUGGGCUAGGGGUAAAGGUAGAGCGGCCAAAAAGGAAGAACAAGCUACAGCCGAAGUGACUGUUGAAAAGGUGACUGUAAGGGACUUGAGUACAGAAGUGACAGGUGAAGUGGCGACUGUAGGAGACCUCAGUAGAGAGAGCAACAGCAGUAGCGAGGUGGAGGCCAGCCGAGAAGUGGAGCUGAUUGGUUGGCAAGAGGAAGCGCUUGUGGCAGUGGAGCGCAGAGCAUGGGAGGAGCACCAAGCAGCUGUUGAGGAAGCGAUGCUGGACCUGGAGGACACCAAGGAGGGUUUUGAGUCUUCUGAAAAAUCACGUAUGGUUGAGGAAGCACUGAUGGAUCUGCAGGGCACUGAGGAGGGUGCAGGCAGCAAGGGGGAAGGGGAGUCUGUUGAAGCCAGGAAAGACCUUUCUCUCCCCCUUGCUGGUUCCAGCCUGCGUGGCGUGAUGGGCAGCGAAAGAGGCGCGGAUACCGAAGUGGAAGCAGGCCAGGAGCGCCAGCAGGAGCAGCAGCAGCAGGGGGAGCAGCAGGCCUGGCAAGCGCCGCAGCAGCAAGGGGAGGGGGGGGCAGCAGUGUUGGAUGUGAGUGAGCUCGUUGCAGCUGUGGCGUUUGAAGUGGCUUCAGGAUUCUCAAACGCUCAAGGCUCCACCAGUAGCUUUCACCAGUAUCUGGAGUCGGUGCGUGUGAGGAUGACACGUCAGCAGCUGAGUGCCCCGCUGGCAGUGCAGCAAGCAGUGGGAUGGGCAGGGGUGAACUACGACCUACUGAUGCCUCCCACGCGCACCCAACGCCUGGAGCGGCUCUCCCAAGCUCUUGGGUUCUCAGAUACCCAGCAUCUGCUGCUGCACCAUGCUGCUGCUGUGGAGGCGAUGGGUUGGGAGAGCGAGGAGAGCAUGGGGCAAGGAAGAGACGAGCUGACCUUUGAUUCGACUCAAAAUCACGUGCUGCUGCACCAUGCAGCCGUUGUGGAGGCUGUUGGAUGUGAAGGCGAGGAGAGCAUGGGGCACAGAAGAGACGAGGCACUGGAGGGUGCAAGCGAGGAGAGGUUGGGAUUGGAGAAGGAGGAGACGGUGGGAUGGGAGAACGAGGCGAGGGUGGGGAGGCUGGCAGAGGAUGGAGCACGUGCUGAUGCUGUUGCUGAUGGCAGCACCUCAUGGCAGCCCCCCUCACAGACUUCUCCCAGCCAAGCCAUAGCACCGCUAGCAGCAGGCCCAGCAGCAGCUGAAGCAGCACAAGCAGCACCGCCACAAGCAGCACCACAAGCAGUACCGCCACCACCUGUAGGAGUUGCAAGAACUGCAAAAGCAGCAGCAGCAGCGCCUGGAGGCACAUGGCACAGGCAAGCAGAGGCAGCAGAGGCAGCAGAGGCAGCAGAGGCAGCAGAGGCAGCAGAGGCAGCAGAGGCAGCAGAGGCGGCAGAGGCAGCAGAGGCAGUGCGGCAUAGAGGGGAGGUGUGGGGGGGAAACACGCAGUGGGAGACAGGGGUUGAGGUUUGGAAGGGUUCUAGGGGAGGAGAGGGGGUAGGAGCAGGUGACACACAUUCAACCGUCCAGCAACAGUUUGGCUCUACUCAGCAGCGGUUUGGCUCUGGUGCGGAGCAGCCGCAUUCCUCUCAGCGUUCCCACUCUGCCACCUCUUCCCAAACUGCUCUGUCUGCUCCUACUCUCGGCUCUCCUUCUGCUCCUUCUGCUCCUUCUGCUCCUUCUGCCCCACAUGCUUCUUUCGCUGCGAUGCGUUCGGAGAGGCAGCAACGUGCCAUGCGAGCAGCUGCCGCUCUUGCCCGCGCCGCCACACAAACCUCCGCCGCACCCGCCACCACCACCACCUCUACCUCCGCUGCUGCUGCUGCGUCCUCUCGCCUCUCAGUCCCUCCGUCCACACCUCCUCCCUCCACUGCCCCUCCUCCCUCUGCUGCUCCUCCCCCCUCCCCCUCUACCCCUCCCAGUCUUCCCGAGUCCGACCCACAAGCACCACCCCCUCCCUCCUGGCCCUCUGACAGCCACAGCCCUUGGUCUUGGAAUCGAGCCACAACCGUUCGGCAAGAAGCAGCUCGAGUUACCGUUGUUAGGCAGGAUGUGGGGCAAGUGUCAGUGCAACGGGUCGAGCGGUUUUUUUUAGGCGAUAGGGUAGGGAGUCAAGAGUUGGGCCAAGGGAUAGAGGCAGUGAGCACAGAAUCCCUCGAACUCUAUACUGGUCUUUCCGAAGCUGAUGCUUCCCCGCAUCCUGCCGUGGCUGCCCUGCUGGCUCGGUGGCGUCAGCCCUAUCUUGGCUCGGUCUGCUUUGAGAACCGGCCGGAGCUGAAGCUGCCGAGCCUGGGUGAGGCUCGGGAAGCAGGCACGGGAGCUGUGGAUCUGGUGGGGGAAGCAGAGGGGGGGAAGAUGGGAGGUGAAGGUGGAGGGGUGAGAGGUGUGAGGGAGCUUGGGGCGGUUGACGUGGAGGAUGAUGAUUGGGUAGAGGGAGGGGAGGAUGAGGAGGAAGAGGAGGAAGAAGGGGAUGUAGAAAGUAAAGAGGAGGGGGAGGAGGAGGAAGAUGAAGAGGAUGAGGAGGAGGGAGUGGAAUGGGUGAGAGCAAUGGGAGAGGAGGAGGUGGAAGAGGUAGAAGAGGAGAGCGAUGUUGAAAUGCCAGUCAUGGCACUGUGGGAGGCUGACAGCAGUGCACGGGCUGAGAGCAGCGCAACAGGCAGAGGGGCGUCCAGGAGGGGAAGGAGAAAGAAGACUCUUGAGGCGAAUGAGGAAGCGAUUGAAGCCAGUGAGUGGAUGCAGGAGGGCAAGGGUGAGGUGAAUGAGACUGGUGGGUGGAUGGGGGAGGCAGGCCGAGAUGUGGGGGGAGCGGAUGAGAGCGCAGGUAUUGUCAGUGGGGCGAUGGAGACUGGGGGUAGCAGCAGGGCGCGAGGAGCGAGGGGGAGGAGGAAGGCAGCGGAUGUAAGCACUGAAAUGGGGGGUGACUUAGCUGCUGUCGGGGAAAUGGGGGCAAAUCGGUGUACAGAAGCCAGAGUACUAGGCACCGUGGCUGGUGGUGCUGCAGACACGUAUCUGGACUCGCGUGCAGGUGAUGCAGCGGAGCAGGUGGGGUGGCUGGAGACGCCGUUGCUGGGCCUGGCGAAGCGCAGCGGGGGCGUGCUGACUCACGGGCAGGCGAGGAAGCUGCAGGAGGGUGGGCUGUGGACGGUGCGCCACCUGCUGGAGCACUACCCGCACACUUACCUGGACCUGUCGCGGAGCAAGGAGGAUGUGAUAAGAGACAUGCAGGUGGCUGCUGUUGGCGUGGUUGAAAGUGUCAAUGUGUACCGCGGUGCCUCCGUCGCUAUAGCCGACAUCAGGAUCCGCUGCAACCUUCCCAACAAUGCCGAAACUCCAGCCACCACCACACCCACCCGCAGCAGAUUGAGCAGCAGCAGCAGCAGCAGCGGUGGCAGCGGCAGCAGCGGUGGCAGUAAGGGGUUUGUGGUGUCAGCCAAGCAGUUUCGCCCGGGCCAAUGGGGUUCCUAUGCUCUCUCCAAGGCCUUCACAAAGGGUGCUCUCGUCUCCGUCGCUGGUCAGGUGCUCUGUGUGCAACGAGAUGGAGCCUUUGAGCUGGACAAGAACAGCCAGAUAGUGAAGGUGGACGCAGGGCCCGGUGCGGAAGCCAUGUGGGCGAGCGAUGGCGCUGUGCCCGUUUACUCGGCCAAGAAGGAGAUGGAUCCUCUCGCCCUGCGCGCCAUCAUUGAGAGGUUAAUCAAGCACAUCCCUCCAGCGAUGGACUAUCUCCCCCCCUCCCUCCUUUCUCGCUACAACCUCGUCCCUCUCCCUCUCGCCCUCGCCACCAUCCACUGCCCGCCCGACCGCACGCUCCUCCCCGCCGCCCGGCGCCGCCUCGUGUUUGACGAAUUCUUCUUCCUGCAGCUGCGCAUCCUGCUGCUGCGCCGCCGAAUCCAGCUCUGCCACCUGGCAGCCGCAUCCGCCGCCGUAGGAUCCGCUGAGUGGAAUCGGACGGUGCUGAGCGCGGAACACUGGGCUCCCCUCACGCAAGAAAUGCUCGCCUCGCUGCCGUACAGGCUCACAGCUGGGCAGAUGCAGGCUGCCCGGGAGAUAAUUUCUGACAUGAACCGGCCCGUGCCCAUGGCUCGGCUCCUACAGGGCGAUGUGGGGUGUGGCAAGACGGUGGUGGCCCUUUUAGCAUGCAUGGAGGCGGUGGCGCAGGGCUACCAGGUGGCAGUCAUGGCUCCCACGCAGUUCCUCGCCCAGCAGCACUACGCGCGCUUUGAGCAACUACUCGAGGCGCUGCCUCCUGCUCGCCGACCGACUGUUUGUUUGUUGACCGCGACGGUGAAACGGGCCAAGGCCGUGCGGCUGGCCAUCAAGGAGGGUCGAACCUCUAUCGUGAUCGGCACGCACGCGCUCAUCGCCAAGGCCACUUCUUUCCACCGCCUGGGGCUGGCAAUAGUGGACGAGCAGCACCGGUUCGGAGUCAACCAGCGGGCCAGGCUGCAGGAGAAGGCAGGAGGGUUCUGUGGCUCUCCUCAACAGCCAGCAGCAGGAAGAAGGAAGUGCCAGCGACACCGAAUCAGCUGCUGAAUCCGGAAGUGAAUCCUCCUCCU